CAAGACGUUCCGCGCGCUAUCAAACUCUUGAAAGGGGUCAUCUCUAUUCGUCAGAUCCCUCCCUCCGACGACCCUCAAGACAAUACGGAGUUGGAUGCGCUGAAGCUAUUGGGCUAUGUUUUGGAGACUAUUCUGGAGCCCUAUACCAACCUCGACCUCUCGCUUGAAGACCAGCUCGUGUCGCUCAGCUGUCAUGCUCACUUGCUCUAUGCCUUCUUCGUCAAUGAUCGAAACGAAUUCAUUCCCAACCAACUCUACUUCGAUACACAGGCUCUCAUCAAGAGUACUUUCCUCUCUGUGGCUAAGCAGCAGAGACUUGACCCUGACGGCGAAUUUGACAUCACCGACACGGGAGAUGACGACCUCGAAACGGAGUUUGGCAUCAUACACGAGGACAGCAAGCAUAGAGGCAACUUCAACUACAAGCAGGGUCUCGAGUAUAUUGGACACGCCAACGACAUUCGCCAGAUAUAUGUCCGGCAUCCCCAUCUCGCACCUCCUCAUCGCCGUCUCAACGUCAAACGAGACGAACACAUGGAUCACAUCAGUCGAAAGCGUCGUCGAGGUAGCAUUCACGUUCGACCGGUCAGCAUCGUUCCAGUCUGGAGAAGAGGACGCGAAGAAGCC